AUGACCGCAACGUGGUCUUUGCUCGUUACAUCGCACUUUCCGUCUCCUAGGUUGAUGAGCAUUGGUGGUGAGCAUCAGGGAAUUCCUGCAUACCUGCACGCAUUGCAACCGUUCUUUGACCGCGCAGGACGAGGUGGGGCCGGCGACGAUUCAGCUACCGGUACUGGAGUCGCCGUUGGGGGCUGA